CCAAGUCCGAGUCGAGUCUCGGGUAUUUCAUUUUUUGUCAAGUCAAGUCACAAGUCAUAAAAACGGCGACUCGAGUCCAAGUCACUAAGUCUCAAGUCCCCAUGUCUGGAUAAAAGUAUAUUAAACAUGGCUGUUGCACAAUACUUCCUCUUCAUAACACUGUCAACAAUGCGUAAUGAUGACUGAUCUGUAAGCUGCUUCAAAGUUGUCCUGUGGUGAUGUUUUGCAAAUAAUGUUGGUGUAAUUAUUAAUGCUUGUUUUUGUAUUAAACAUAUAUUUUUCAACAGUGUCUCUCCCCACAUUCAUUCCUCAUAAUGAACGUUUUUUUUUAUUUUAUGUUAACUGGCGAGUAUCAAUGAGGUUACCCCAGAUAAAUAUAUUUAGUAGCGGUCUUAGUGGUCUUUUAUUAUAAAUAAAAUCGCCUUUCAAACUUUGCCGGGACAAGCCUUGUUUCAAACCACGCGAACCCCGCCACGAAGCCCCGCCCACUCAGCCACCAACACCGAGCCGUUAGCAGACACAGCUAGCCGUUAGCUGAUGUCCGUUAAGGACGCGGGGAUAUCAGUCGAUCACGGAGGCGUGUCCGGUCACCGUAAACAUUAACUGCACUGCUGUCCGGUCACUUUCACAACCGGACCGAACACAAGCCCAGGAUAUGUGCUCCGUCGUCGGGUGUGAGUCGUGGCGUCGCAGUGCGCAACGGUUCAAGUUACCGGAGGACCCGGAGAGGAGACUGGAGUGGGUUCAGUUCCUGUUUGAAGUCAAUGGGCAACGACUCAAAGAAUCGUCCUGGACUGAUAUCACGAUCUGCAGUGAACAUUUUACCAGUGACUGUUUUGAAACAAUGACUCCUGGCACGGUCCAGCUAAAACCCUGUGUUGUCCCAUCACUGUGUAUCAAGUCAGAGCAGGAUGAACCUCUGGAGAGCCCACAAUAUGUGGAACCUGUGGAGACCAUUUGUAAGCGUGAAGACAGUAACACAUGUAAUAGUCCGACUGAUUCUGAAGAAUCAAAACAUAUUUUAACAGGUUCCCAACCGAGUCUUCAGUCAAGUGGGGUCGUCUUGGUGUCGUGUGUUUCAAACGCUGUCGCCUCUGGAUCUCACCAGACGCAAGAAAAAGUCACGAUCGAUUUGAACAAAGAAAAAGCUGCGCUUCUACAGAUGAAAGGAAAGUUUGUUGUGAAUGAAAGCUGCCUCCUCCAGUUGUUUUGCCGCAAGUGUCCGUCAUGUGGAGGCAAACUUCAGCUGGAGAAGGUCACCUAUGGACUGCUCAUCAUCUUGAAUCAGCAGUGCCUUCAGUGUGACUACAGAUACCAGUGGAAAAGCCAAGUCAAUGCCAGUGUCCCGACAGAAGAAGAUCAGACCCAACAGGAAAUACCCACAGAUCACAACCCCAGGAGGACAGUUUUCUCUGAGACUGUUACAUUUAGUGAUGAAGAAAGUGACCCCUCGGAUGAUGGAGAAGAAGGUGAUGAAGGUGGGGUGGGUUCAGACGGGGAAUGGAAUCCAAAUGAGGAUGUUUUAUCGGCUGAAGAGCUCACAAAGGAGUCUGAAGAGGAAACUGAAGACGAAGGCGAAGAGGAAGAUUUUGCUUCUCCGGGUGGCCUCCAAAUUUAUGAGCUCUGUACAGAGUGUGGACGUUUUUUCAAUAUUCUGAAGCCUCACACGUGUGAGCACAAAGUAAAGCCCUAUUCCUGCAAUAUUUGUGGCAAAAGAUGUGUUACUGAGAUAUCUCUGAAGAACCAUAGCAAAAUCCACGAUGAAACCUACGAACACCCUUGCAAAUACUGCCACGUUACCUUCAAAGCAAGGGUGGACAAACUUAAACAUGAGCAGAUCCAUCAAAAUAACAAAGAUCCUUACAAAUGUCCCGACUGUCCAGAGACAUUUCCCACCAGUAAAGAACGCAACACCCAUCUCUCAAAUCACAGAGCCCCAAAAGAGUUCAAAUGUGGAGUUUGUGGCAUUGAAUUCAAGGAUGUACAUCAUCUUCGGAGACACUCUGUCGUGCACACAGGAUUGAAACCUUACAAGUGUUCGGUUUGCAAGCGUGGCUUCAACCAGUCAAACCACCUGAAAUCCCACAUGCGUCUGCACACAGGGGAGAGGCCUUAUAAGUGUCAGCAUUGUGACCGCAGCUUUAAUCACAACGUGAGCUUGAAGAGUCACGUUCUGCGUUACCACUCAUCGAGCUCUGGACCUAAACAGAAGAAAAAAAAGAUAAAGGAAAUCACAAGUGACAGUGGUGAUACGGUGGACAAUGGGAAUAAGGAAGGCAGGAACUCUGAGUUUGACAAUGUAGGAGAAGAACACAACACACAAGAGGAGGCGCAGAAGGAGAAAAAAGAGACACCAAAAAUUAGAAAGAGAAGCACAGGUAGACCCAGAGGGAGGCCGAAGAGAAAUGCAGCAGGCGACACGGACCUGGCAGGUCAACGAAAGGGCCCGCGUUCUAAAACUAAGACUGGAAAAUCAAAGGUGCAGAAGUUAAAGAAAACAAGUUCCAGCGAUGAGGAAAGUGAGGACGAGCAAUCAGAUAGUGACAUAUCCUUUGACUCAGCAGAACAGGAAGAAGAAGAAGAAGAAGUAGAAGAGAAGGAGACAGCGAGGAAAAGCACAGGGAGAUCAAGAGGAAGGCCAAAAAAUGACAGUGACACUGAUUUUGACCCAGAAGAAGAGACAAAGAAAAAGAGGUACAGCACACAGAGCAGUGGUAAGAGCGCAGUGAAACGUCAGGGCAGACCAAAGAAGAAUCUAGCAGUCUGAAAAAUCUUAGAACACACAGAGCUGAAGAAUGAAUUGGGUGUGAGCAAUUGUGAAAAGACCGAAGUCAUUAAGACUGGAGGGCUAUAGAGAAGUGGAGCGAUAUCUCUCGAGUUGAUCUAUUAAAAACAAACGAGAAACAAAACAUCCACAUGGAGCAGCAUUGCUCCAAAUUACUUACUGUUAAAAUAUCAUGUUGCUUUACUUUUAAACGCGUUAACUGACGCCAACCAUGUAAUUAAAUCUGAAAAAGUGGAUUAUUCAGGACUAAUGUUAGGUCUUAGUAAUCAGUGUAAAGGGCCAUUUAGCCUGCUCGCUCUCACUAAUGAGACCAACUCUCUGAUUAUUUGAUAUCACAUAUAUCAAAUAAUGGAUGGAUGUGUAGUAAUGGAAGGUCAGUAAGUAAAGCACAUGUUUGAAAAAUAUGUACUCUAUUCAUAUAAUGUAAUAAUGAUGUCAGUUUCAAGCUUAACAUUGCCCUUAUACACUUUAAUUACUGUAAGUCAGGGCACUGUGGCACAGUCAGUUUCUGUCUUUUCUUAUUCAUGCUAAAGCUGCAUAAUUAUGUAACAUAAUUAUGCAGCCAUUUAUCAGUCUGUAAGGAAAUCUAGAAGUAUUCAGAUUCAGAUUUAUGAGCAGUAUUACCUAAUUUUACCUGCUGGAUAAUACACAAUAACUUUAAAUCUAUAGAAACAUGCAGUUGUUUAUUCUUUCCACCUGUUAUGUAGUGUUAAUAAAACAUAUCUGUUCUCCUCUAAAGCUUAAGUUUCAUCGAUAAUCAGUGUGGCCUCAGAGAAUUACCAAAGACCAUCUCAAAGGACCAUACCAAUGAUUUUGUUACAAAUGAAUGUAGAUUACAUUGCUCUGCUUUCCAAACAGAAAUUGAUUUCCGUUUUCUUAGGUACGCUACGAAAAUCAGCCUGCUGAGGCUUGAAACUAGUUUGAGAUACAGUAUGUCUGAUCAUAACUCAAGAGAAGUCAUGGUUGUGUUAUGCUCCAAUAAUAAUAAAACAGUUAUUGGACUCAUCCAUUUAAGAACGAACUGCCAUCUGCGAUUUCAGCGUUGCUAUUGAGCAGCAACAUUUUAAUGCAGCAACUGACCAAACCCACACUAUGUUCUCAUGAUGUCAGUGUUAGUUUGUCUUUGACUUCAUAGCGGUCAUCAGUGCUAAAGACGAUGAAUACCGCACAGCUAGUUUCAUUCAAACACAGCAGCUUUGUUUCACGUUUUAUUUAAAAAAAAAGAAGUUAGUUGACUGUAGCACCAGAUCAAAGUUCAGUUGGUUCAGGGUUUAUUCCCUGAGCCAUGAAUAUGUAUAUCAGAUUAAAUAGGGGUCUGUCCAAAGUGUUAGAUGGACUUGACUUGUCCUUGUGAGUGUACCUUCUUUGCUUUAUGGACAGAGUUAGGUGGAAGAAGCGGCCUCCAACAGAUUUCCCUGAGGACACUUCUCAUGUCACACUGGGACAAAUCAAGGGACCUUGUCCCUGACAUUGACGUGAGGCUGGCAGACAGGGCCUGUAUGCUCGUGACGUUUUCAGACCUCAGACCUUGCCUGAAUGCACCACAGAGGAGGGCUUUACAAAUACGUCCUGCUGUAUUAGAACUGUAUUAGUAUAUGAGAAAGUAAAA